UCUUGCAGUAUUGCGCAAAACCGCAUAAUAAGCUGUCAUCGAAGUAUUCUGUGACAUAUAAUGCCACAUCCGCUGUUAAAUGCACAACAAAGUAAUAGUUUGUCUACUGUUUCUAGCCUACCUACCCCUUAUAACCUGCAAUGCGUCUCUCACUCUCUUGUCUCACAAAGCCCAUUAUUCAUGGAUAUUUUAGGAGUUCGUGCUCUUGGAGGGUUCGAAUCGCGUUUGCUCUGAAAGGUAUUGCAUUUGACCAAGUCCCAGUCAAUCUUAUCAAAGAUGGGGGUCAGCAGUUUACAGAACAAUACAAGGGGUUAAACCCUAUGCAACAAGUGCCUGCUGUCCAAAUUGAUGGCAUCAUGCUGUCACAGUCGCUGGCAGUGAUCCAGUACAUUGAGGAGACCAGAACAGGACACAGGCUUCUCCCUGCAGACCCAAAGAAACGUGCCCAGGUGCGCAUGAUCUCUGACUUUAUCGCCUCUGGGAUCCAGCCUGUGCAGAAUUUGUACGUGCUACAGAAGAUGGGAGCAGAGAAGGUGCAGUGGGCGCAUCAUUUCAUCCAGAGAGGUUUUGAAGCCCUGGAGCCCAUUCUGAAAGAGACAGCUGGCAAGUACUGUGUAGGGGACGAGAUUUCCAUGGCAGACAUCUGUCUCGUCCCUCAAGUCUAUAAUGCUGAACGGUUCAAAGUGGAUGUUGAUCAGUUCCCAACUAUCAAAAGGCUAAACCAAACCUUACUGAAGGUAGAUGCUUUCAAAGAGAGUCAUCCGUCCUGCCAACUAGACACACCUGCUGAAAUAUGUACAUGAGAACCCCUCUGAUGUCUAAGCGAGCCAGUAGUGCCACCAUCAUUGAAUGCUUCUAUAAAAUACCUUUGUCUUAUUUAAUGAGAUUGAAACCAAAGACAAUAUAUUACUUGUAUGAUGAAGUUUCGUUAUUUUAAUACUCAUAUUUACCCUCUAAGAAACAGUACAUUCACCCAUCUACACAAAUUAUGCCAAUGCUGACCAAAGUGGAUUUGUUAAGGGAAGCAAUACAAAAUGUAAAAACAUUAACAAAUAGUGAUGUAUUAAAUCAAUUUAAAAAACAUUUACUGUACAAAUUCCAAAGUACCAUACUAGCCCUCCGUUGAUCCGUCAUGUUACUGUAGAAGUUCAUGGAAAGUGAAAAUGGCUGUCUGCACUUUGUUAAAUAAUUGGUUUUGUAAAAAAGCUGAAGUUCAGCUUACUUCAAAUAAAACAGAAAAUUGAUUUCAGCUCUA